AUGUGCGCUGUGGGCGGUCCCCGUGUCCUCCGCGCCCCCCGUGGCGCUGGCGGAAGUGACGCGCAGCGGGCGCCAUGGCGGAGGAGGCGGGCGGGCCGCAACCGGAGGGUGAGAGUUGCGCCGUGCGGGUUCGGUGGGUCGUCAGCGGCACUCGUGUUGCAGCUCUCGUUGUCCAUUGCAGACUGCCCGGGGAUCGGCAGCACUCAAGCGGGCAGGGCCACCGCCUGCGAAGGAUGCCCCAACCAGAGACUCUGCGCAGCCGGCGCCACGGCCCCGGACCCAGCGGAGACGGCAGAGCUGCGGGAGCGGCUGCGCGGCGUGAAGCAUACGGUCCUAGUGCUCUCCGGGAAGGGCGGCGUGGGGAAGAGCACCUUCAGCGCCCUUCUGGCUCACGGGCUGGCGGCAGAUGAGACCAAGCAGGUUGCUCUGCUGGACAUAGAUAUCUGUGGGCCAUCGAUUCCAAAGAUGAUGGGUCUAGAAGGAGAACAGGUUCAUCAGAGUGGAUCUGGGUGGUCUCCAGUGUAUGUUGAAGAAAACUUGGGUGUCAUGUCAGUGGGGUUCUUGCUUAGUAGUCCUGAUGAUGCUGUCAUCUGGAGAGGACCAAAAAAAAAUGGGCUGAUCAAACAAUUUCUUCGUGACGUGGACUGGGGGGAAAUCGACUACCUGAUUAUAGACACGCCUCCAGGAACAUCAGAUGAACAUUUAUCUAUUGUGCAGUACCUCAGUGCGGCGCAUGUAGAUGGUGCUGUUAUAAUCACUACCCCUCAGGAAGUCUCGCUUCAGGAUGUGCGGAAGGAGAUCAACUUCUGCCACAAAGUGAAACUGCCAAUCAUUGGUGUUGUGGAAAACAUGAGUGGCUUCAUAUGUCCAAAGUGUAAGAACGAAUCUCAGAUCUUUCCCCCAACUACUGGAGGUGCAGAGAAGAUGUGCCAGAACUUCAGUGUUUCCCUCCUGGGCAAAGUGCCUCUAGAUCCUCAGAUAGGAAAAAGUUGUGACAAAGGGCAGUCUUUCUUGGCUGAAGCACCUGAGUCUCCAGCAACGUUGUCUUACAGGAAUAUCAUUCAAAGAAUUCAGGAAUACUGUGAUCAGCACCAGUUUCAAGAAGAAAAGAUUAUCUAAUCUAUGAGUGGAGUAAAAGUGUAGCUCUUGUUGAAUUAUAGCAAAGUAACUUAUGCCUUGACUUAAUAAAAGGAAUGUAUUCUUUUUUAUAUUGCAAAUAAAUUCUUAAUAUAAGUGUCCUUGCCCUAGGUGCUUUCCAUACCUCAAGAUUCACUCAGGUGGUCUCAAAGCUUGCCAGAAAGCUCUAAAGUGGAAUCUUUAUGCCUCUUAAGUAGGUGCAGUCUGCACCCAGGGUACUAAUAACCUGAAUACAAAAUUGGUAGUUGAACACACACACAAAGAUGAUCUUCUGUAGAGAGUUAAAUAUAAAAUACCCUUGGCUGAUGCUGUUGUGUGCAUCUCAUGCAUCUGCUGUGGUAAUGAACUAGACUGUGUCCUUUCUCCAGUGCUAAGGGUGUGGUGAUCCCUAUUUGCUCUCUCUGAGUGACAUUGUUUAAGUAUCUCCAUUUAGUGGAGAUUUGUAUUUCAGGGACCCUUUUUUUAUACUUGGCAUGUUCUAAAAUAAAAACCUACAAGAAUUUAGUCAUAGUACAGUAUCUUAUUUAUUACAGGUGUCAAAAUAAGAUUGACAUCUCUUAACUAUCGAUAACUGACUGCUUCACACAAGCUCUGUGUGAACACGCUCCAUGACUUCUGUUCUUCCACUUGACCCUAAGCCUGAGUACUAAAAACUAAGCAUCAGGUAUCUUUAAUAACUAAGAGGCCUUUUGUGAUUAUAAUGCCUCUCUUUAUUGAGGAAUCAGAGCUUUGAGAAGUCAGCAUUGUAUACAAGAGGGAAAGGCAGUUUGAUUUUGUGUAUUGUAGUUCUAAAAUGAAACAAAUGAGCAUCACCUUUUGAUUAUAUUCUAACUCUUGGUUAAGGUAAGCCAAGAGUUGACUGAUUGGUUUGGUUGGGUUUUUUUGUUGUUGUUUUUUUU